AUGGCUGAACCGAGCAUUGUCCACAUUCAGAACUUUAUCGACGGCCAGUUUGUCGACUCGAGCGCAUCGCCGCGCAUCGACAGCUUCAAUCCAGCGACUGGGCGUGUGCAUCUGACCAUGCCGAACAGCACUGAAGCGGACGUCAACGCGGCCGUCGCUGCUGCUUCCGCGGCUACACCGAGACAAACCCGGUCAAACAUCCUCUACGCGAUCGCCAACGCCAUCGAGGCCAGGCUGGACGAGUUUGCCGAGGCAGAGUCGCGCGAUCAAGGCAAGCCGGUGUGGCUGGCAAAGUCCGUCGACAUUCCGCGCGCCGUGCACAACUUUCGAUUCUUUGCGGGCGUCGCGUUGCAUCAGGUCGACCAUUCGACCGUGAAUGACACGCUGGGCGCCGUCAACUACACGACCCGAUCGCCGGUUGGUGUGGCGGGUUUGAUUUCGCCGUGGAACUUGCCACUGUACCUGCUGACCUGGAAGAUUGCCCCGGCGCUGGUGUACGGCAACACGGUUGUCGCCAAGCCCAGCGAGAUUACGUCGUUCACGGCCUACCUCCUGGCGAAAGUGCUGAACGACUGCGGCGUGCCGCCAGGCGUGUGCAACAUUGUCUUUGGCUACGGUUACACGGCGGGUGCAGCUCUCGUUGCCCAUCCCGACGUGCCAAUGAUUUCCUUCACUGGCGGCACGGUCACGGCUCGGGCCAUCAUUCAGGCCUCGGCGCCUCACUACAAGAAGCUGUCGCUCGAACUUGGUGGGAAAAACCCCGGCAUUGUGUUUGACGACGCCGACAUGUCCAAGUGCGUUGCGGGCAUUGUUCGCUCGUCCUUUACCAACCAGGGCGAAAUCUGCCUUUGCACGAGCCGCAUCUACGUCCAAGAGUCCAUCUUUGAGACUUUCCUGCAGCGCCUCGUGGAGGAAACUCGCAAAACCAUCACUAUCGGCAAUCCGUCGCACCCCGGCACCACGAUGGGACCGCUGGUGAGCCGUGAGCACUACAACAAGGUCAUUUCGUAUGUUGGGUUUGCAAAGGAGGACGGCGCACGCAUCCUCUGCGGCGAGACGGUCGAUCCCGCCAUUCGCGACUCGCUGCCCGCAGAACUGCAGGAUGGCUACUUUAUGCGCCCAACCAUUGUCGCCAACCUGCCGGAAUCGUCGCGCUGCAUCCAAGAGGAAAUUUUCGGCCCCGUCAUUGUCGUCAACUCGUUCAAGGACGAGGCCGAUGUCAUUGAGCGAUCCAACGGUGUCAAGUACGGUCUGGCGGCUUCCAUCUGGACUGAGAAUGUUGGCCGCAUGCACCGAGUUGCGCAUGCCAUUGAUGCUGGCACAGUGUGGGGCAACUGCUGGAUGGUGCGUGACCUGAACAUGCCGUUUGGCGGCAUGAAGCAAUCGGGCAUCGGGCGAGAAGGCGGACAAGAUUCGAUCGAAUUCUUUACCGAAGCCAAGACCAUCUGUGUCAAAAUGUGA